AUGGCCACCGCUGCAGACCGUCCACUGACGUUCUUCGAUAUCAAGAUCGGGGAUAAAGCCAUCGGACGGAUCGUGUUUUCACUCUACUCCGACCUCGUCCCUCGCACGGCCGAAAACUUUCGAGCGUUAUGUACGGGUGAAAAGGGGGUUGGCAGCAAAGGGAAGCCCUUAACCUACAAGGGAUCUGGAUUCCACCGUGUGAUUAAAGCGUUCAUGAUUCAAGGCGGCGACUUUACAGCUGGCAACGGAACUGGUGGCGAGUCUAUCUACGGGGACAAGUUUGAGGACGAGGGGUUCCCGCCAGAGCUCCGUCACAACCGCCCGUUCUUACUCUCGAUGGCCAACUCGGGGCCGAACACGAAUGGAUCGCAGUUCUUCAUCACGACCUUUGCCACGCCACAUCUCGACGACAAGCACGUCAUCUUUGGGGAGGUCAUCAAGGGCAAGUCUGUCGUGCGGCAGAUCGAGAACAACCCCACCGGCCAGGGCGACAAGCCUGAGCUCCCUGUGGUCAUCGCGGAUUGUGGUAUUUUGGCGCCAGACGACCCGAGUCUGACCGAGGUUACCGUUGCGGCUGAUGGAGACAAGUAUGAGGACUACCCUGAAGACGAGGAUGAGGAUACUUCGAAUCCCGCGACUGCUCUGCGGAUCGCGCAGGAGGUGAGGGCCAUCGCGACUGGCCUUUACAAGGAAGGAAAACUUGCUGCAGCAUUAGAUAAAUACCAGAAAGCGAUCCGGUAUCUAGACCUCCACACCCUACUACCAGAGGACGAAAUCGAGCUACAAAAGUCAUACGACGAGCAGCUGACACCACUUUUGCUCAAUUCUGCACUUAUUGCUGUUCGUAUACAGCCACCUUCUUCGGAUGACGCAGCGUUGGCUAUCAAGGCAGCUUCACGUGCGCUGUCAACGCUCAGAUCGUUGAGCGAUUCUGACAAAGCCAAGGCUUUGUACCGACGCGGGCUGGCGCACAACAUCCAGAAGAACGAGGACGAUGCUGAAGCAGAUUUUGCGGCUGCAGCUGCUCUUCAACCAAACGAUGCUGCUAUCGCUACCGAACUAGCGAAUGUUCGGAAGCGGAAGAAGGAGAAGAAGGUAAAAGCGAAGAAGGCGUAUGCCAAGAUGUUUGCGUAA